AUGCAACCAAAAUUUUUUAAAUUUUUUUUCCCAGUUACUACUCCUUAAAGACAGAAUUAAAUAUUAACUCGUAACUGAAAAUAGUCGUAUAUUACAGCAUUUGGUGUAGGAUGAUGAAGUGCAGAAAGCACUCUCGCUUGUAACUAAACCAACUACGAAGACAAGAAAUAACUUCAACAUAUAAUUGUUCUUGGAAUAUUUGAAUUUUGGAAUAUUAAAACUAGAUUUAAUCAAUGUUUAGACAGCAAGCGAGAGGCUUUAAAAACGCCAUACGAAUAAGCUUACAGAAACCUGUUUUAGGUGAAAUUAUUAAAAACUUUCCAGUCAGGAGCAGUUUUUUUGGCUUUCAAGGAUCUCGCAAAGAACUGUACAGUACUUCCAACAAGAAUGAUAAAGAGUCGUACUUCGAAAUGUUUGAUUGCGACCCUUCAACAUUGCAAAAGAAUCCAUUUGAAAUAGACACUGGGGCUCUACGAUCUGCGUAUUUAAAGAAAAUUAAGAUUCACCAUCCAGAUGUCGCCAAAGGGGUAGAUCCUAACGACUCUCAAUUGAAAUCUGCUGAACUUACAAGGGCAUACAAUACCCUAAUGGUACCGUUAAGCAGGGCAGAGUAUAUUUUGCAACAAAAAGGAAUUUCCACGGAUUCGGAAAAUGUAUCUGACAAAGAUCCAGAAUUCUUGAUGCAAAUCAUGGAUGUUCACGAGGAAAUUUCAUCUAGCAGAGACUCUCCUGAGAAGAUUGAGCAACUUAUGGGUGAGAAUAAUAGUCGUAAGAGUGAAGAAAUACAAAAAAUAAAUGCUGCAAUGUCGAAUGCUGACUGGGAGUUGGCUGCAUUACAUGUCAGCCGACUAAGAUACUGGAAUACUGUCGACAGAAUUCUUCGUGAACUUUGAUUUAUGGUAACAUUUGAUCCUAUUUUAACGUUUAAUGAAUAUCUUUUUUGCUAUGCACCUAUAUUUCCCCCUCUUCGCUCACGCAGCCUUUAUGUUUUUACCUUGAACAUUACCCUGGAAAGAAACGUUUGUUCAAGAUCCGUUGUUCUAUUUUGAAAAAAAAUUAACUAAAAUUUUUAAAAGCUAUAGCUAAUAAAUUAAUAAAAAUUGGUGUCUUCUUUUUUUUUUCUCUCA